UCUCUCCUCAGAAACAUGGCCUCUUGCUCAGAGCCGAUGCAAGAUUUUCAGAAAGAACUCAUUUGUUCCAUCUGCAAAGAGUACCUCGCUAAUCCAAUAUCUAUUGAAUGUGGCCACAGUUUUUGCCAUAGUUGCCUCUUCUGCAGCUGGCAGGCAGCCUCACUCCGUUUCUCUUGUCCAGAGUGCAGGGCUGUCUCCCAGCUGAGAGAUUUUCAAGUCAAUGUGCGUCUUGGAAAACUGGUGGCCUUCGCCAAAAAUCUAAGACCACCCGGUUUGCAGAACCCUGAAGGACAGAACAAGUGUGAGAUACAUCAGAAAACAUACAAACUGUUCUGUGAGGAUGACCAGAGCCUAGCGUGUCUUGACUGUUUUGAGUCCCAAAAGCACAAGGCUCCUACACUCUAUUGCAUAGAUGAAGCUGCUGAGUCCUACAGGGUGAGUAAUGACCUGAUAUUAGGUAUAAUAAUUAGAUCCCAUGCUUUCCGAGCGAAACUUCAAGAAACCGCGAUGAAUUUGAGGAAGAAAACUAAGUAUGUUGUAAAACAGAUGGCUGUUGGGAAUGUGAAAAUGCAACUGUGGGAGUCCAAAUCCAAUUGGCUAAAAAGCUUGUCACUCACCCAUUGCCGUUCAGGGUCCUGUCGUUCCUGUAUUUCAUCAGGCUCAUGUAUUUCUUUACAGAAGAUGGUGAAGGAUCAAAAGAUCAAUAUUUCUUCAGAAUUCCGGAAACUUCAUCAGUUCCUAGAUGAGGAGAAAACUGAGUAUCUCUCAAUUGUGGAGAGGCACAAAAUGGACGGUGUGAAAGGCCUGAAGAAGAGAAUAACCGAACUGUCCCAGCACAGUCAAGAAUUAAGGAAAAUGAUCACAGAUUUAGAGGAAAAGUAUAGGAAACCACAAGUAGAUUUGCUCCAGGUAAGAUUAUGGGAAAUAAGAAUAGGGAACAUAAAGGAUAUAGUAAGAGUUUACCCAUAUGCCAUCCAUUUCUUGAAGACACGAAAUCCCUCACUUUUGAUAACUGGAGAUCUAAACUUGGUAUUUAUUUUCUCUAGGAAUGAAUUGGUACUCCAGAAGGAAGACUCAUUUCUCAUAGAUAUAAUCAUCUGCCCCAUUCCUAGAAUUAUAGAAAUGCUUUUAAAAUUCAAAGUGGAAAUCACUCUGGAUUGUAACACAGCCAGUGCAGGUCUCAUCAUCUCUGAAGAUUUAAAGAAUGUGAGAUAUGGAGGGACACAGGUGGAAGAAGUCCUCAACAACAGUGGGAUUGGUGGUUUUGCCCAAGUUUUUGGUAUUCAGUCUUUGACUUCAGGACGAUACUACUGGGAGGUUGAGGCACCAAGCAAUACUGGAUGGUGUAUUGGCAUCUGUAACCCAAAUCUGCUUGAAGAAAUCUUUGUGCUUAUCGCUAUACAGAGUCACAGUGGACACCAGCUUUAUGCCUUAGGUUUGCACCACAUUUCUCAUAAAACUUAUGUGAAAUACUGCCAGAACUGUGUGUCCAAACUAAUGGUAGGCAUUUUCUUUGACUAUGAACGCAGAGAGAUAUCAUUUUAUAAUGUUAAAGAAAGAUCUCUCAUUUUUACCUUUGCAACUUUUUCUUCCUCAGGACCCUUCUUUCCCAUCUUUGGUCUUUCUAGGAAAGCCCUGAUAAAUGAUUCCUCUCUCGUGAUCUGUCCCUAAUUGAGAGAGAGCAAGGAAGAUAGACUUAUCCUCCAAAUGAACUUCAGGCCCUCUAUUUCACAACUUUUAUGUGCCAUAAAAUUUUGGAACUGGAAGUGGCCUUGACAUAUUGACAUAUUGUCACAAUCUAAUUUCACAUGCAACGUAACAGUUCUAGAGAGACAAAAAUGAC